CAGUAUAUAUAAGUGGUAUCGAGGUUUUUGCAUGAGUCGUAAACUCCUCCGCGACUACUAAAUAGGUAUUAAGUUGUAUAAUAAAUCAAUUUACGUAACGGAGUUUCGCUCAAAAACGCGAUCAUUUUUAACUUAACUGAACACCGAAACGAAAAAAACGGUCCCUUUCUCCGUUCAGCAAACAUAGAAAUUGGUGGAGUUUAGUCAUAGGCCACGAUCACGUUUAGUUUCAGUUCUGUUUGUGCUUUUGACUGAUUAACAUUGUCUUUAGUGUCGGACACGGAGGCCAUGCUGUGACUAAAAAUGAAUCUGAAAUUUUCGAUCGCCGUUUGUUUUGCGUUUUUCGCAGUGGUGGUUGUAGUUGCGGAUGAAACGUCAGUUUCAGAAAGUAACUUGAACAAUUCGACUUCGCUAGCGGAACUCGAACGAAAUAAUCCGGAACUGGACGUCGAAACGAAUGCAAAUCUGACGUCCGAAGACGAUGCGUUGAACGCGAAUCGUGACAAACGAACAUUAGGAACAAUGAUUCAAGGUGUGGCGGAUUUAUUUGGUUAUGACCUCCUGAAAAGGCCGUCGGCGGUCAAGGAGCAGCGGACAAGUUGGUUCCCGCCUGUAUUAUCACCGCUUCCUGUUGAGAGGCAAUCGGCAUCAUCAAAAUCGACGAUGUUUGCAAUCAUACCUCAAUCAGCCUUGUUUCCACAAGCUCAGCAAGCUGCACCAACCCCCGCUACCAUUCACUUACAAGUGCAUCAGCAACCCGCGCCGCCAGCCCAAGUGCAUAUUCAAACAGUUCCAGUGCAACAAUCUCAACCACAAGUGCAAUUCCAACCUCUGCCUCAACCACAGCAAGUGCUCGUUCAGGCUUCCCAGCCUCAACCACAACAGGUGCUUGCGCAACAACAACAGUCCCAGAUACCAAUUCAAUCUCAAGCUCAGUCCCAGGUUCAAAAUCAACAACAAGCGCAGUCGCAAGUUCAACAACAGCCCCAAUCUCAAAGUCAAUCUCAAAUUCAGACGCAACCGCAAACUUCUCUUUGUGUGAAUUUCAAUACUGCAUCCGCUCAUCCUUGUCUUCAAGGCAAUGCUCUUCCACAAGCUGUUCCUCCUCAACCUCAAUCUUCACCCGUACAACCCUGUCUUAAUGCCGUUCCAGUAAGUCCUCAAGCAAUUGCCCCUUGCCUUCAAUCCUCGGCUGUGCAGCCUUGUCUUAAUUCACCAUCUGAAUCUCGACAAGGUGCUCAACCUUGUCUUCAAGCUUCUCCCGUUCAACCCUGCCUUGGUGGGACCCUUGAAACUAGGCAGAGUGCACAGCCUUGUCUUCAAGCUUCCCCUGUUCAACCUUGUCUCAAUGGAGAGGCUGCAAGCCGCCAAGCAGUACAACCAUGCCUCCAGGCGUCUCCAGUACAACCAUGUCUAAAUGCCGCUCGCCAGAAUUCUCAAGCUGUACAACCUUGCCUUAAUGGUGCCCCUGCUAACCCUCAACAACAGCAACAGCCUCAAUCCCAAAAUCAAGCUCAGUCGCUCGACUCCUCGUCCUCUCAAGACUUCCUCAGCUCUGAAUUUGGUAGCUUGAACGCUCUAUCACGUCAGCUCAAUGCGGGUGCUCUAUCUCCAUGCGGUAACGCUAACGUUCCCUCUACAAGAGCUUCUGCGCAGCCCUGUCUGAAUGCAGCGGCAGCCCAGCCAUGCGCAGGCGGUCCUACUGGAGCACAAUUGCAGACACCUAUUCAGUUUCAGACCGACUUUCUACAGCCAGCGCUUAAUUUACAGGCAGGAUUGCAAUUCCAACCCGAAACUCGACAAGGACUUCAACCUUGCGCCCAAUCUGAAUCAUUUCAGCCUUGCGUCAGCGCCCACGCCGCUUCCGAUCAACCCUGCGCUCAUGCCGUACCUUUACAGUCAAACUUGAAUGCCGCUCCAUGUUCAAUAAACUUUCAGGCUCUCCAACCACAGCUGCAGUUACCCUUGGCGCCGGCCCGUAGUUUAUCAGAAACGGUGAGGAGACUUUUCAACCUGAACUUCUCGUUUAAUAGGGGUUUAGGGGCUCAGUCACCUUUAGUUCGACCUCCUCUAGUACUAUCCUCAAUCAACCGCAAAGCUUCCGCUGUAGUAUCACCCUGUUUGAAAGCUGACCCUGUAGCUAAAUUUGCUCCUCAACCAUCUACACAAAGUACUCCAAUUACCCAAAUAAAUCCCAGUAGCAGUCGAUCGUCCCUAUUUAAUUCUUUGAACACUCUGGAAGAUUCCAGGCUUUAUCAGCCCAAGUCGGGUCACGACAAAACAUUGCAGAAAAUUAGUUCCCGACCAAAAAUAACAAGUAACGCUCCUAAUAACGCACGAAGCUUUACAUCGACCAGCAGCAACACCACCACAACUUACACUCUUAAAAACACUCCUAAACUUACUCCCAAACACACCGCUAGCCAUCAAGGAGGCGAGCGUCUAUCGAUCGAAGGUACCAUUGCAAGUCUCGAAAGUAUACCCAUCUCUGAUGAACGUGCCCGUGCUUCUCUGAACCUCGGGCCAGCUUCAAGAUAUGACUCUAGUCCCCUUUUCAACGCUCAUCACUCUCCUCAGCAACAAUUACGAAACUCAAUAAACGAUUUCUGGGUAAACAACCCUUCUCGAGAAAGUCGUGGUUAUAAGUAUAUGGUCACCACUAACUUCCCUGAUGUCAAUGAACUUUAUGGAGAUGUCAAAGAUAAAUUGACAGCAACCAAAAGAAGUAAUUCAGAAAAUGUAGAUAGUAACAUAUCAAUGCCACAGUCGUUUCCCGAAAAAGUUUCCUUCUUCCGAAUCCCAGCCGUGGAUGACGACGAGUUUGUCACCAUUGCUCAACAAACAGAAAAUGAGAUAAAUAAAAAUAAACAGAGAAGUAGAAACAUCAGCACACCGGAAUUCCAUAAAAAAUAUCAAAAGACUGAAGUCAGUAAUCCUGUCGGCUUAGUUAGAGUAGAAGAAAAAUCGAAAAAACUUACAACAUUAGCAGUUAGACCCACGGAACCCACAAGAAACCCUAAAAACGAAGCACAAAAGAGGACCUUUGUGACAAACGAAGGUCUCGACCUUUCCAGGUUACGACAAAAAUCGGCAAGAAUGGGGAAAGAUUCCCAAUUUCCCCAGCUAACUUAUACCAAAGAUCCUAGUUUUGACUCCUUAGUUCAAUCCAUAGAGAGAAUUUAUAAAACAAAGCAACCUUCAUUAGCUGCACAUCUCCAGAAAAAUGCCACUAACAAUUCCACUAUUGCUCAAGCUCCCCACAAAACCGAAAAUAAUAAAAACCUAGGAAGAGGCAAUGUUAAAUUUCAAGAGCAAGAGCUGAAAAAUCCUCAAUCUAAUAACGCAUAUCGAAAGGAACCUUCAGUGGUUAAAGUAACUAAUCAAACGUAUCUCCAAAACGGUAACGUCCCUAACGGAAUUCCGAAUAAAAACAUAAAUGCAAACAUUCCACAAAGGUCCAAUUCCAAGGAAAAAACUGUCAUCACACUUCAGCCCAAUCAGGUAAACGGUAAUAACUCAUUGCAACAAGUGCAACCUGCAGUAAACGAAACUAUAGAUGAACACAAAUGGCAGAUGGAAAGACAAAAGGCGGAAAUUAAAAGACUGCAAAAUUGGCCAAUGAAUGAUGGCAUACAUAGCAUAGAAGGAUUACACGAUGAUUACGUCGCUGUGGCCAGAAAAUUGGAUAGUGAAAUUGAACGUCACAAAGUUAACCAAGACUCAGCCGUUCCGGAACAUUAUGAGAACAUUGAAGUCACUGAUCCAACAACUAAUACCAAAGAAAGAAAAAAAGUCGAAACCCAUACCAAAAAGUAUCUAGAAAAAAUUGAAGAUCCCACAACUCAUUCGUACGAAGAAAGUACAGAGAAAGUUGAAAAACAAAACGAGAAAGAAAAUGAAGAAAUUGAAAGUUACGCUAACUUAGAAAUGAUGUCAAAAGAGCAUGAGGCGUUAAUAAAUAAUAUUACCAUAAAAGAUCCGAAAUCAUCAGAUGAACAACAAGCUGUCCAAAAAGUACAAACUGUACAAAAACCACUACCAGCAGCAAAAUCAGUUACUAAGCUUCCUCAUCAGGUAGAACUUAUUAAAACACCAACAACUGGAAUUCUAACAACGACUCAAAGAAAUGACUUCGUUGUAACGUUGAAAGACAUUCAACCAAACAAAGCAGUUUUGUUUGAUUACAAAAAAUGGGACCUGCCCGAUGGUUUGUUGAAAGGUAAAACACCCAUUAACCAGAAGCAAGCGGUUGAGACAGUUACACAAGUAUCAAAAGUCGCUGAACCAGGAAAACUAGCAAAACCAGCAAAAUUUGUAAUACAGCAGGUUGACAAAAACACUGACUUCGAAAUAAUGUCGACAACGCCAAGAAAUACGUUUUCUAUUAAAUCAAUCGAAAAUUUAGUGAAAGAUAAAGAUUCGUUUGAUUUCGCCAACUGGGAAAACAAACUAGAUCCCCGUUCCAAAGAAAAUUAUCACAGCAAAGAAAAUCAAAGGGGUUCAUACGAAAAUCCGUCAUCUUUAGAAAAUUACCAAUCGAGUUUUGAAAAGAGCCAAGAGACUCACUCCAAAGAAAAUAAUUAUCCCAGUUGGGGUAGAAAGACAAACUCCCAACAACGACCUGAGCACCUAAACAGAUACAGAGGUAGUCAAAAAUUUGCUCCGCCUGGAAAAAGCUAUAGUUUCAAAUUGACCGACAAACCAAAUUCUCGAGAACGAACAAAAAGCUCUGAAUCCAAAUACAACGCGGAUAUGAUGUCUUUGGAACAACCCAGAUCAAUUGAAAGUGACGAAGAUGAAGAAAUCGAGCCUUUAUCGUACGAAUAUACGGCCAAAUUCGAACCAAUGGCAGCCUCCGAAGCAAAACAACAGUCCAAAGCACUAAAUGACCCUACUAACAAACCUGUCGCUCACUAUCGCACAACACCACCAGAAUAUCGCAAUGCUUUAACAAACACAAAAAAUUCUAAUAAAAAUGAAAGUAAACCUGUUCCACAGGUACUCGGCAGUAACUUUAGAGCCACCAAUUUGCCUGUCCGUCACAGUACGUUCGCGAAUUAUCCAACCACUUUGUCCGACUAUGGAUACGGUCGACUACAAGACAACGAUUAUGCAACGACCAGUCUAUAUCACAGGAGACCGUCCACUUCAUCAUAUAAUUCUAAUAAUUACAGGUCUACAGAAAGAAUACGACAACGUCCACAGACGGAAAGAGAUUUUGAUUAUUCCAAGGAAUACAAGGAGUCACCGUCGCCAGUAUCUCUAGAAACUGAUUAUUUCAAAUCGUUAGACGAUUAUGAAGCCGAUCCACCGCCAAAAUCUUACUAUAAUUACAAGACUAUUCCAGACGAUUACAACGUUUACAAACCUCCCAAACAGGAGGAAGCUGUUCAAAACAAUGAAGAUGCUCAGGAUGUCAACAGGAAUAACCAUCGAAGGGUAAGCAGACGACCUGCGAAAUACAACAUCACUGUCGGAGGUCCUGACGAAUCAGCUCCAAAAAUACAUCAAAUCAAUAGAAAUCUAGCAAUAAAUGACAGAAGUAGAAGAAUAAGGCAAAGAAAUGCUAAUUAUUUGCAGGAGAAGCCUAAAUGGAGCGUGGAACAUGGGACGAACAUUGGAAUAAACGAAACUCCAAAAGUAAGUACAGAAAAUCCUCACAGAAGAAGAAGACAACCGAAAAAAGAGAGAAGUACAAUUGCAAGUGAUGUAAAUAAUGUUCCCCAACGUAGACGUGUUUCACGAAGGCCAUCGCGUCAACAGGGUAUUCAGCAUCAAUCUCAACAGGAACAACCCCCUCUUACAACAACUGAUGCUUCAAAUUCUUUCAUAGCAGGCAGCACACCAGCUCAACUGAAUGAACCGGAAAUAGGAGAGCAAUUGAUGUUCCGUCCGUUGCCAUUUGACAUUGAAACUUUGGCCUCAGAGAAAAAAACGACUGUGGUAAAGUAUGAUCUGGGAGAUAUAAAGAGAAAAACGAAAAAAGUUACAAAGUACGACAUCAAGAGCCAAAAAAGGGCGAAAAGACAUACCCACAGUGAGGAAAUGCUUGACGACGAAGAAAAGGAAAGGAGGAGAAGGAGGAGGAAUAAGAAAAAACGUCCCGCUUAUUAUGAUGAGAAAGAAUUCGAAAAAGAACGGAACAAAGAUGUUCGUACCCUCGAUUAUUCGGGGAGGAGACCUCGACGCAGAAAAUCGAGAAGGGGUGGUAGUGGAAGAUCAUUUUCGGACGUGGUGGAUGGAUUUUUCGAUUCCGACGAAGAGAAACCGUUCUCGAACGGAGGAAGCGAGGGCGUGCUCGAUAAACUAAGUCAAAUAAAAGUGCCGAAAGCGAAGCCCGUAGAUUAUUCCCAAUUUGAGAAGUUUAACGUCCAAGAUGACGAGCAGGGACUGUCACCGAAGGCUUACGUUAAGUCAAAGGAGAGCAAAACAGCUUAUAUUUUUGGGAUUAAUUUCUAACCAGAAGCGCUGAGUGGGCCGGAAUAUUUGCUUACCAUUUCCUAUUGUAACUAAAUUUCAGACGAAAAAAGCAAAGAUGGCACAAGAAUAUGACAAGCUCUGGCAAUCAAACGUGUGCACAUACUAUGACAAAAGGCACCAACACUUACGAAUCAGACAGCAUGGCUUCUUAUCAAAAAAGCAUUUCAGGUAUCUUAGAGAAUUUAAGGACUCAACUUGAGGAUUUACAUCAACAGAUUGAACAUCAAAAAACACAUCGACAAUAAUAG